AUGUCGAAUACUCACGAGCAUAUCUGUGUCCGGACCCCCUGUUUUCUCCCGAUUCCUCAGGACUUGCAAGAGUUGUCGGAGUGGGUGAACCCGGAAUACCUUGUGCCUGCGAUGAUGGACCAAUGUGCAGCCGCGUUCAACGAAAACGGGUCUACCAUACAACUCCACAGAUUCCUCAAGGACGAUGUCGCGCAGAAGAUCGUCGAUGCCGCGAUCGCGGCGGACCGAAGCGACGGCCUCGGGUACAUGGAGGCGUCGCCCUUCGACGCCGGGGUGCGGGGGGGUUGGAGGAAGGCGGGCCCGCCCCACCGACAACGGAUGUUGCGCCUCUCCGCCGCCAAAGAGCCAGGCUCAGCGGAUGGACAGGACGUAGGAGACGGCGACAAUGAUGAUGAAAUAGGCGCCCUGCUCAGGGCUCUCAGAGACAAGCUCUUCCGGAGCGAGGCCUUCAAGGGCCUUCUUCAGAAGCUUCUUGGCGAUUCCCCGGUUGUGGCAUCUCGACGGCAAGCCCGCCGCUUCAGGCCCGGCCUCGACUACACGCUAGCAACUCCCGGGGUGCCGUGGGAAUGGAAAAAGCGCGAUGGUGGUGGUGGUAGUGGUGGUGAUGUUGCAGACAAGGGGCGGGUGGGGGGGUCCCAGGGGGAGGAGUACAUGGUGCUGGACGCGGCGCUGUGUUUCGUGGACGAUCGGGAGCCGUACAAGGAGGCGGCGUGGAGGCAGGACGAGGUCGGGGGCUACGUUACCUACCUUGGCGGGGACGACGACGAGGAAGAGGAAGAAAAGGAAGGCAGCCGUUCCGGCAGCACAGACGGCGGCUCUGUGCCGUCAGAGCAAGACGGCGGUGGCGGCAGUCGAAGCGAUAAGGAAAACGGCACGGCAGAUCCGGGCGAAGGUGUGGUCGCCGGAGGUGGGGGGGGGGCGCAAAAGAACGACGCCGCGGUGUACAAGGCGGACGAGGGCGGCUCCCUGAUAUCGGUGUCCGCGGCGUCGAACGCCCUGAGCCUGGUGCUGAGAGACGACGAGGCGAUCACGAGCUUCGUCAAGUACGUGAGUUCCGCCGCCCCCGGUAGCCGUUACGACGUCGUGGGCGAGUAUCUCGUCGCGUGCACCGGCGAAGAAGACGGCGCCGAAGACAGCAGUAGCAGCGAGGGUAGUUUUGGCGCCCCGGGGGGAGUGCUGGAUACGGUGCCGGAAGGGCACAGCGGAGAGGAGGAGGAGGAGGAGGAGGAGGAGGAGGAGGAGGAGGAGGAGGAGGAGGAGGAGGAGGAGGAGGAGGAGGAGGAGGAGGAGGAGGAGGUGGCGGAGCGAAGCCGGAAAAAAAUGAAGGCGUCGAUUGAUGCGUAG